CUACUCAAUGGGGACUCGUUUAAUGAAAGAAGACUUUCAGGUUCUGGCCACAGACAGAGGGACACAAUCCAGCACGUUCCUGCCUUCGUCCCAGAUAGAGACAAAUCGUGAGCCAUGGCCUGCUCGGCCUCCCAGUGGACGUCUCUGCGUCCUAUCCUCAUCAGCAUCGUAGUGGUGCUGUGCUUUCUCUACACUUUCCUCUCGUACAGGUCAGACAUCCAGUACCCCCAUUUUGGAAUUGACAUGAGCCCAUACUGUCCUGCAUUUCUGUGUGCAGAGAACACACAGACCAAUGAGUCAAACCCCGACAACUCCACAGAGCUCCACAAUAACCCACAUUCCAAUCAAACCCAGAAGAUCCAAGCAGCAGCAAUGGAUGCUGAGCGCGACACAAUUUUGCUGAUCUGGAUGUGGCCAUUUGGCUUCAGAUUUGAUCUCAAUUGCAACGAUUUCAAUAUCUCAAGAUGCCACUUAACAAAUGACAAGAACCUUUACCAUAAAGCGCACGGGAUUUUGUUCCACCACAGGGACAUAAAUGGACAGCUAUCAAAUAUGCCCAAAUUGCCACGCCCCUCUUUUCAGAAAUGGGUGUGGUUUAAUAUGGAGUCACCCGCCAACUCAAAUCUAAUCCCUGGACUUAAUCAAGUAUUCAACUUGACGUGCAGCUAUCGCCUUGAUUCAGAUAUUCCAGUGCCUUAUGGAUAUCUGGAACCGGUGACAUCUGAAGAUGAGAGUUUUAAAUUGCCAGCGAAGGACAAGUUGGUGUGUUGGAUCGUGAGCAACUGGAACCCGAAGUACAAGAGAGUCGAGUACUACAAUGAACUGAAGAAACAUGUCGAGAUCCAUAUUUACGGAAAAGCCUUUGGCAAAAAACUAAGCGACCAAGAAUAUUCAGAUAUACUUUUGAGUUGUAAAUUCUACCUCUCUUUUGAAAACUCCAUCUCCAGAGACUAUAUCACAGAGAAGUUGUACAAUCCUAUGGGAAAGGGAAGUGUACCCAUAGCUCUGGGCCCUACAAGACAAAUGUAUGAGGACCACAUCCCGGCUGAUUCUUUCAUUCAUGUCAAUGACUUUUCUACUCCAAAGGAGUUGGCACAGAGGCUACUUUACCUUGACCAAAACCAUUCUGAGUACAUGCGAUUCUUUAACUGGACAAGCAUGUUUAAAGUAAAAGGUACUCAUUUAGGAAGAGAUCAUGCGUGCAAAACCUGUAAAUACUUACAAAACCACAGGGGGUACCAAGCUGUCAAUGAUCUGAACGGUUGGUACUGGGGUUGAGGUGUUGUGAUCGCUCACAUCGACAUUACAUCUCGUGUCUUUCAUUUACUUCUUUGCUGAAGGUGUCAUUCGCACAAAUGCUGUUGUAUUUAUGCAUUUAGUUUAGUGGUUAUAUUAAGA